AUGGUUAAAAGAUGUGCUUGGGGUACAUGUAACACUGAUUCACGAUAUCCAGAAAGGUUAAUAAAAGACGGAAUACCUGUUACUUUCCAUCCUUUUCCUUCGGAAAGAAAAUUCAAAAAACGAAGAGAAUCGUGGAUCCGUGCUUGUUGCCGUGCUGAUGGCUUUGUUUGCACAAAGGAUAGCUACGUAUGUAGUUUACAUUUUGUUGGAAAGAAAGGGCCAACAGAAAAAUAUCCUGAUCCCAUUCCAGCGACAGCAAGUAGAGAUAAGGUUUGUUAUUUCUUUCUACUUGGCCAUGUAAAUCCAGGAUAAUGUGUGAUGGUAUGAAUAUUUCAUUAGCUGAUUACAUUUUGCAUAUAUACAUUUUAUAUUAGUUGCGAUUUUUUGCUUCUCACAUAUCAGAUCAUGCGGCUUGGCAGAAAGAGAAAAGCACCAACUGAACGAUUUGCCCAUGGAAAAAGAUUUAGGACAGCAACCGAUAGAUUAGCAGCCGAAUCGAUGUUGCUACUUUCAUCUGCGACGUCUGAUGCUGUCGAUGCCUUAUUAUCUUUGUGUGAUGCUAGACAAGACAGUGAUAUUUGCAAGAAUUCAGAUGCCUCGUCAUCUUUGUGUGAUGCUAGACUACAAGACCCUUCUUGUGAGGAAUCACUAACAGAUGAAGGACAAGACAGAGAUAAAAGGACCUACGAACUGUGCAACUCAA